AACACGAAUUUCGGCAGUCGUGUUCGUGUUCGUAACCCGGCCACCGGCGAGCGAGGCGUGCCUGAGCUCCGACCGUUGUGCUGAGCGUGCGAUUUGCUUGUUUCGAAGUGACUGAAUGUGAUUUACUCCGACGGGCGACGGUUUCACGACACUUUCGGCCCCGUUCCGACAGCGGGUAUUUGUGAUUACGCGACUGUUUCAAGUUUAAAAUGGCGACGAAAUCGAAGAGAAGUACCACGAAAGUGGUGGAGACCUCCAUGAGUUCAACAAGCAGCGCAACAUCCACACCCGGUCUGUCCUCGAGACCGGGGAGCCCUUUAAGUCCUACCCGGACGAGCCGCCUGCAAGAAAAGGCUGAUUUGCAGAAUUUGAACAACCGUCUGGCCACCUACAUUGACCGUGUUCGUCAACUUGAACAGGAAAAUACUCGACUCUACCGGCAAAUCCAGACCUCCGAGGAGACCACUACCCGGGAGGUCUCGAACAUCAAGGAUAUGUAUGAAAAUGAGCUGAACCAGACACGAGUUGCUCUGGAUUCGCUUGCCAAGGAAAAGGCCAAGCUUGAAAUCGACACGAAACGAUUGUUUGAGGAAAACGCUGACCUCAAGCUCAGGCUGGAGAAAGCAAAGAAGGACCUUGGUGUAGCAGAACGUAAUGCCAAUCUGUAUGAAUCAAGAUUCAAUGAUAUCACCAUCAAAUACAAUCAGGCUCUUGUUGAGAAAAAGAAAGCACUUGAUGAUGUCAAGGAAGCUGAUAAAUUGGCCAAGCAGCUUGAUGAGAUGCGCAAAAAUUUGGCUGAGGAAACUCUCUUGAGAGUAGAUAUGGAGAACAGACUACAAAGUCUCAAGGAAGACUUUGAGUUCAAGGAAGCUGUUCAUGACAAACAAUUGAAAGAAACAAGAACAAAGCGUUCGGUUGAAAUCAGUGAGAUAGAUGGAAGACUCUCUCAGGAAUAUGAGACAAGACUUCAGCAGAGCUUGUCAGAGCUGAGGGAUCAGUAUGAAGAACAAAUGCAGUCGAAUCGGAUGGAAAUUGAAUACUUGUAUGAGACCAAGUUGAAGAAUUUGCAAGCCCAAUCUCAGAAGAAUUCUGGUGUUGCUUCUUCACUGCUGGAUGAACUGAGACAGUCUCGCACUCUCUCUGACUCAUUGUCCUCACGAAUUGCAGAGUUGGAAUCUACUGUAGCAGGUGCUAAUUCUCGUGUUGCUGAGCUGGAAAAGAUGUUGGACGGUGAGCGUAGGAGAAUUUCAGCUGAAAGAGAGCGGCAUAGAGAAGAGCUGACUGCUGUUGAACUGGAACUUAACAAUCUGAGGGAUGAAAUCUCUCGGCAACUUCAGGAGUACCAGGACCUCCUUGACAUCAAGGUCGCCCUUGAUAUGGAGAUUGCUGCGUACCGUAAGCUUCUGGAAUCUGAGGAAGAGAGAUUGAAUAUCAGUCAGGUUGGUGGGUCCGGCAGUGCCUCCGGCACUCCUCGCACGGGAUUCGGCAUUGGAGGAGGCAAGCGCAAGCGGACUCUGAUGGAAGACUCGAGUGAAUCUCUUGAUGUGGAAACAACGAAGUCAUGCACCGGAGAGAUUGAAGUGUCUGAAGCUGACCCCCAAGGACGCUUCAUCAAGCUGAACAACAAGAGUAAUAAGGAGGUCAGCUUGGGAAAUUGGCAACUUGUGCGCAAAGCUAAUGGACAAGAAACUGUGUAUCGUUUCCACCGCACUGUGAAGCUGGAAGGUGGAACAGGUCUGACUGUUUGGUCUUCAGACCAAGGGGAAACACAUGAGCCUCCUUUCAACCUUGUCAUGAAAUCUCAGAAGUGGACCACUGGCAAUGACAUGACCACUCAACUUCUCAAUAAUGCCGGAAAGGAAAUGGCAACAAUGACCAAUAAACUUAAAUUUGUGGCCAAGUCCCGAAUUAGACAAACACAAGGUUACGUUACUGGUGCUGGCCACAGCCGGUCAGGUGAUGACGAGUUAUACCCACAGGGUGAUCCAAGUGGAGAAGAAAGAUGCAGGAUCAUGUAAAUUUUUCUGGAGUGAGAAUUAAUCUUGAACACUAUUGAGGUGUUAUGAUUCAUGGUCAGUUUUUAAAUGAAGGUUGCAUAUAGACACUUCUGAAACAUGAAACCUCACUCAAGUCAGCUUUUGUUGCCUAGUUUUCACAACUGUCUAUUGAACCUGUUGCGCUUCCAAAGUAUAUGAAAAUUUACAAUUUUUAAAAAAGUUUAUAUUUGAAUUAUUGUAAUCUGCCUGCCUAUUGAGCCUUUUUUUUUACUUUGGUGUGUUCCAUAUGAGUUAAUGGAAAUCAAACUAUUUUAAUUCUGAAAAAAAAUAGGUGUCUAUGAAGUGAUCAUGUGCCCGGUGACAACUUUAGUUUAUUUUGUAUUAUUUAAGAUGAAUGGAGUAAUUUCUCUUGUUAUGAAUCAUCUGGCAGAACUAUUUCCAAAUACAUUAUGUUGUAAAAAUUCAAGCUCUUAAUUUUUGUACUAUUUGUUGUUUUUUUUUUUGUCUAUUGAAGGAGAGCGUAGUUAUUAAUUAUGUCUGAUGGUGACACAUGUGAGUUAUUUAUUGAAGCCCUCUGUGGAUGAGUUAUAUUUAUCAUUUGUGCCCUUAUUCACAUUUCACUGUAACAAGUUGCCUUUCACUAUUUGCCUUUGUCAUUAUUUAGUUUUUGUGACAAUAUACUGAAACACUGAAUUUGCGAAUUUUAAGAGACUUUGACUUUGUAGAAGGUGUUACAAAUUGCUUAAAGUUUUGGUAUAGAAGUUAAGAAUAUCUCUUUGUACAAUGAUUUUAAUUAUGGUAUUAAACAUAAAAUCAACUA